AUGUCGUGGGAUCUGCUCCAGCGCUUUAUCGAGAGUGAUGUUUUCAACCAGAACCCUUUCCUCUCCGUUUCAUACCUCUCUCGAUAUGCAGACCACGUCGGCAUCCACUACGUCCUAUGUUCGAAGCUCCGGCAGUUCCCCUACGAGGAUAUCGAGUUCUUCCUGCCCCAGCUAUGCCACCUUAUAAUCAGCGUCGACAAUGAGUCUAUGGCCCUGGAGGAGUUUCUGCUGGAUCUGUGCGAGGAGUCCGUCACCGCCGCUCUGCUGACAUUCUGGCUCUUCCAAACCUACCUGCGCGACCUCGCCUCGACGCCGCAAGCCCAAGAUUUCAAGACCUGCCGGAGAGUCUACAACAAAGUGCAACACAUCGUCUUCGGCCAUUCCGACGCGGCGCGACACGAGAAGAUUCAGGAGAACAUACUGCCGGUCACAGUCCUGGCGAGUUUUGUUCUAGCGAGCGUUGGACUUCCGAUCUUGCCGCAAUGGGCUGGCCCGCUUGCUGUUGCGCAAGCAAGGAAAUCCCAACCCGAGGGCGAUGUCAUAUCCGAAGCGAGUCAGGCCAUGAAAGUCACAAGGAGCCAGACAGUGACGUUAAACAGCUCGAGGUCACGGCGGGCGCGAGAUGCGAUUCGGGUCGGGAGUUUGCCAGAUGCGAAAGAGGUUACACAGCCUCCGGAAAGGUCACCCCGUACUAUCAUCUCAUCACCGCCGCCCUCCGGGAACAGCAUCAAUGCCGGUCAUGAGGCGCGGAAGCCAGCUGUUAUCGACGGCCUAAUGAUAGACGCUCGUCUGAGCUCCUCGUCCCUGCCUCUUCCGGAGAUGAGAUCGCCGAAGAUGGUGACUCGACCCGCGACGCCACUAUCCGCCAGGCUACCGCGCCCGGUUGAGGGCAUCUCACGCAGACAUUCCCACCAUGUGAAGACGCUUCUUACCUUGGCUGAGAUGACACCGCAGCACAAAGGCAGGCUACUGCGACAAAACUACUUUCGCGUUCAGACAUUGUUCUUGACGGCACUGGAGGACAUAUCGAAUCGACUCGUCAUGGUACCAAAGGCGGCUCGUCUGAGCGCGUUGCGAGCUGAGCUUGCACUCAUUGCCAGAGAUCUGCCUGCCGAACUAGAUAUUCCCAUUAUCUGCCCGCCCACCUUGGUCGAUGGUUCACCCUCGAGAAGUCGGCAUCACCGUGUCGUGAGAGUCAAUCCCGCCGAGGCCACAGUUUUGAAUAGUGCUGAGAAGGUACCGUAUCUUCUGAUGGUAGAGAUACUCCGCGAUGACUUUACAUUUGAUCCCGUCUCCGUGGACAAUCAACGGUUACUUGGCACGCUUCUGUCCGAACAGGGUGACCGCAAACGAGUCUUCGAUCUCUCAGAUGCGCACCGCGCCCCGGUUAGCGAGCGGGUGCCUUCGCCUGUAGUUGACAAGAUCGACAGCAUAUUCGAGCCGACUUCGGGCGACCUAGGGAGUUCGCCAAUGCUCAAACCGUCUGAUUGGGGCUCAAAUACUAAAAAGAAUGGAAAGGGAGCUGCGCACCGUAAGAGCUUGCCAAACGGUACAACAGAUAUCUCUGCGAUACCCGAACCUACGCCGCAGGACUCGGCAGGAUCGACAUCGGGAUCCAAUAGCCCCGGAUCUUUGAAGAAGACGAAUAUAGCAAGCCAACGCAAUACGCCCGGCGAUCAGCCAGAUUUUUCGGCAUUGGCCACGCACAUGCGGACAGCCUCGCAAAUGUUGGCUCAGCUUGAUGCGACAAGCGGAAAGCGGCCCAGACAGGAAGUCGCCGCCAUCAGGUCCAAGAUCAUCGCAAGUAUGCAGAGUCUGGAGGAGCAGAGUUUUGACCUGGAUGACGCCCAAGGGCCCACAUUCGAUAUGAUAAUAGGCAAGACGGGCACAGCAUCUUCUGCCUCGGAUGCUGGUGACCCUGAAGACGAUUUAGAUCCAGCAAGCAACCCUAGUGCUGGGGCUGCCAGGAUGGAAAACGACGCGAUGACUGGAGGAGUCCAAAGAAAAGGCGAUCGAGACGACCCAAGCGCUGCAGUGUUUGGCGAGGCAUGGCAGGUCAAGAAGGAACGAAUCCGCAAGUCUUCUCCGUACGGCUGGAUGAAGAACUGGGAUCUCGUUAGUGUCAUUGUCAAGACGGGGGAUGAUCUUCGACAAGAGGCGUUUGCCUGCCAACUCAUUCAGGUCUGCCACAAGAUCUGGGAAGUUGCGCGCGUUCCUGUCUGGGUUAAGCUCAUGCGGAUCCUGGUCACCGGCGAGUCCUCGGGGCUCAUUGAAACGAUCACCAAUGGUGUAUCGCUUCAUUCGCUGAAGCGGAGCUUGACACUGUCCUCGAUCGAGUCUGGGAUAAAUCCUCGGCGGCGGUUUGCGACGCUCAAGGAUCACUGGGUCAAGACCUUUGGCAAGCCGAAUAGUGAGCCGUACAAAGCAGCGGUGGAUGCAUUCAAGCGCUCACUUGCAGCGUACAGUAUGAUAUCGUACAUAUUACAGUUGAAGGACCGGCAUAACGGCAACCUACUUAUUGACAACGAGGGCCAUAUAAUCCAUAUUGAUUUUGGAUUCAUGCUGUCGAAUUCACCUGGAUCGGUUGGAUUCGAGGCAGCUCCCUUCAAAUUCACUCAGGAGUAUGUCGAUGUGCUCGGUGGGGUCGGCUCCCCCGAUUACGAGGAUUUCAAGGUGUUGUGCAAGCAAGCUUUCCAAGCGCUACGCCGUUCUGCGGACAACAUCAUCGACCUUGUAAGUAUGAUGGGAAGGGACUCGAAGAUGCCCUGCUAUUCAUCCGGUGUGGUGCAAGCUACGGCCACCCUACGGCAGCGCUUCCAGUUGCAUCUGAGUGCUGAGGAGGCUGAGAACUUCGUGGAUACCGACCUCGUCGCGAAGUCUCUCGGCAGCUACUACACACGACUUUAUGACACCUUCCAAUAUCGGACCCAGGGUAUAUACUAG